CACAACCCGCAGUGUUGGUACGCGCCCGGUCGAGUUGUUUAUUUCAUUUCUCCCGUUGGAACUUUAGUUUUCGGUAUUUUUCGUCUUGUUUUUCCCUCCUCCUCCGAAAAUCGGACAACAUCCGUCGAUUGCAUACAUACAUCCGCCGAAAAUUGUGCACUCGUCCGUKGCACACCCGCGUCGUCGCUCGUUCGUCUCCGAAAUAUUAUCGUUUAUCGCGCAACCUUCGACUUUUUGCAUUGCGUGUCAUUUUUUAUCGUCACUUGAUCAGAAGACGGAAUAGAUCGUUGCCGACCACCACCAUGCACGCAAUGGUCUUGUUUUGAAUCGUAUACACAAUAAAAACGAAAUAACGUUUAAAAAAGUCUUUGAGCACCCCCAUAACUCACAACCAUCAGCGUUCGGCCGAAAAAAUAMCAGAAACUGAUUUUGAUCGUUUCACCGCAAACAACGGAACCCGURAUGACAGCUGCCCAACAACAAAGCCUGGACACAACGAUCGCCAUGUCGUCGGAAGAACACGAAGACCAAGAGCCGUCUAGUUCAAGAGAUUUGUCAUGCAUUCAAGAUUCUUUACCAGGAAUAGCUCACAGAGUUUUCAGAAAAACUGCGCAGAAUAACAAGCUGUGUUUAUAUUUGGGCAACAGAGACGUAGUGGUAUCCAACAAUUCAUCCACAAAAAUACACGGGAUCGUAUUGGUAGAACCAGAUCUAUUGAGGGAUACAAAGAAAAAAGUGUUCGGGCAAAUAACAUUAACUUUCCGGUAUGGAAGAGAAGACGAGGAAGUAAUGGGAUUGAAAUUCUGUAACGAAGCAAUCAUGUGUUUAGCGCAGAUAUAUCCACCUCACGAAAAUGCGCAACGUGAACAAAAUACACCGUUACAAGAAAUGUUAAUACAAAGACUGGGAAGCAAUGCCCAUGCGUUUUCAAUGGAAAUAACUCAUUUAGCUCCACCUAGCGUCCAAUUAGUUCCUGCCAAAGAAUACAGCGGCGCUCCAAUAGGGACUAGUUACGAUAUACGAGUAUACAUAGCCGAAAGGGCAGACGAAAAAUUACAACGAAAAAAUAUCGUAAAAAUGGGUAUCAAAGUAGUGCAGAUGGCUUCAGCGCCACCACCGCCCACGCCUACGCCCAGAUCAGAGCAGCCAAAAGGUUGGCGUCAAAGAGGACCACAAGCUACUUCAGAGAAACCGUUUUUACUUAGUGAUGGUAAAGUCACCUUAGAGGCGAACCUAGACAAAGCUAUUUAUACACACGGUGAUCCAAUUCAUGUUAACAUCAGUGUGAAGAACACAAGUAAAAAAGCUGUUAGACGAAUAAAGGUGUUCAUCGUACAGCAAGUCGACGUAUGCAUGUUCAGCAACGGGAAAUUUAAAAACACAGUGGCAUCAGACGAAUGUGCCGACGUACCAAUACCCGGAAAUGGUGGUUCACUUGAAAAGGAAUACUUGCUGUACCCUAUCAAGGCGAGAACCAAAAAUUGGAUCGCACUAGAGGACUCGCUUGGGUCUGCCGUAAACAAGUCAGAAGGCACGUUGUCCAGCACUGUGGUAUGCGUGUCACCAGAAGACAGAAACGUGUUCGCAAUUUAUGUCACGUACUACGUAAAAGUUAAGCUUUUAAUAGGCGCCAUGGGUGGACAGAUGUCACUCAAAUUACCAUUUACUUUGAUGCACACGCCUUCAAAUACUUACCCGGCAGAAUGCAAGGAUGCUUCGUGUACGUCGUUGGGUCCCUGCCUAAUGGUGGACAGUAAAGAAGCAGCCAUGACAUCAGAGGAACAGUGUGCCAAUAACUUAGCACUCUGAGGAUUAAUUGAAUCGGCCGGUAAUCGAGAUAUUCGUUCGACACCAACAACAGCCACGGCCGAUCAAAAUGUCGAAGAUCAUCACGAAGACAACCGUUUUAAAUUUAAAAGAAUUUUAUGUUGUUUCAACAACAGAUAGUGUUAAGGGGACCAACUGACAAAAAGUUUUAUUGUUAUUUUUAUACUAAAUAAAAUAGAUUGUAUAUAGGUAGUACUUACCUACUACCGUACCUCUAUUUAAUUAAGUAAAAAACUAAGAUUGUAUAAUUAGUUAAAAAUAUAAUAAGCAGAUAACAUAAAACUUAUCAGAUUCAAUAUUAGCCCAAAAUCAUUUACAAUUUUUAGGAUAUUAUGUCUUCUUAAUUAUAACAUCUAAGGUUGUUAAUUUGAAUAAUAAAAUAUCUUAAAACUAAAAACAUUUUACCAAUAACCAGGCUGAUAUCUUGCAGGGUAGAACAUUUUUACGAUUUAAAAACUGUACAGUAUUAUUCUAAACAAGCCAUAUUCUUAAAUCCAAUGAAGCUCAAUAAACUGUACUUAAUGCUUUUAUUAAACUUUUUUUUUAAGUCGUGUUUAAACAAAUACAAAUAAGCACAACCUAAAAUAACCAAUUAAAAAUAGAACACUAAAUACACUUUUAAGCUUAUAGUAAUUUAAAUUUAAUCUAUAAAUUAGUCGAGUUUCACUUAUAUAGAUUCAUGUUGUUUCUGCAAAUUAAAUACAAACACAUUAAGUAUUUKUGUUCAUAAAAUUUCAUUCUAUAAGAAGUUAUGCAUUGAAUAAUAUAAUACAAUAGGGAAAAUGUCACUAACUAUACAUAAUUUUCCUACAAAAAAAUUAAAAUAGAUACACAUAAUGUGUAGUUAUUAACACAACAAUAAUUACCAGCAAAUUUUAUAAUUUAAUAAUUCAGUAAACUCAAAUUUAAAUAUUUGUUUAAAUAAAUAGAUAUUUAUUUGUAAUGUCUCAACGCUAAAAAAAUGUUAAAUGCUAUAUCAAUAGAAGAUGAUUUUACAGAAAUUAUAAAAACAUGAAAGUAUCAGGUAUCAAAGCAAAAAUUGUAUACUUCAUUGUUAAUAAUAUAAUUCAUAAAAAAACAUAAUGUAUAUUCAUUUGGUUGGAUAACAUUUUGCAACAUAACUAAUUUUGUAAAAAAUUAACUUAAAGUAGUUUUAUUUGUUUGAAGUUAUGAUUACAAUCAAAAGAUUAAAAA